ACAAAUUGAUUUUCCAAAAAAAAAAAAACUGCAAUUUCCAGCUCCACCUGUGCUGCCAUUAAAGACCAAGCAAUCAUCCUCCUCAACCCUGUAAGAACCCUAAAACGCCUCUUUGUCCAUUUCCCCAAGUCCUUAAUAAAUCCCUUCAAAAUCCAAAUGUAAACAAGACCCAUUACCCAAAAUCCCUCCCUUCUUCUUCUUCUUCCCAAAAAACAAAGAAUAAAGGUGCCCUUUACACCCGCAUUUACUUCACCCUUUUACCCAUCCUAUCCCCUUCCUAUUAAAUUCUGUAACAGAAAAUUAUUUUGCUCUGAUACAACACCCAUGGCAUUCCAAUGCAUACAAAGGAAUGGACGCAGCCCCACCUUUCGCUUUCACUCGGGGUUGGAGCUUUGAGCCCUCUUCACUAGUUUUAUGGCGCUCUGUUCUUUAUCAUUGUUAUUACUAUUAUUGCUUUUCCCCCCUUUUUGAGAAUCCUGCUUUCCUUAACCCUCCCCUGUUUCAUUUCUUUCUCUGUUUUUGAGGUUUCUCUGUUCCAUAGCUUCUGCUGAUAUCUUUGUUUUCCGUUCUGUUCUUGCUCUUGGUUGUGUUAUGGAGAAGAAGAGAUUCUUGGUGUUUGUAUUGUUUGUGUGUUUGGGGAGUUGGAGUUAUGCUCAAGAAGGUGGAGAAGCUGCUCCAAUGGAGAAAACAGAGCUUGUUGCUCUGUUCUCUGCAAUUCAGGGCUUUGUGGGGAAUUCAUGGAAUGGCUCAGAUCUUUACCCAGAUCCUUGUGGUUGGACUCCAAUACAGGGGGUUUCUUGUGAUAUCUUCGAUGGGCUCUGGUAUGUCACUGCACUAAGCAUUGGACCAACUCAUGAGAACUCGCUUGCUUGUGCUCCAAAUGCCCAUUUCAGACAGCAAUUGUUUGAACUCAAACACCUUAAAACUUUGUCAUUCUUCAGCUGCUUUGUGUCGGCUACGAGGAACAAUUCUGUUUCACUUCCAGCUGGAGAAUGGCUGAAUCUCGCCGGAAGUUUAGAAUCUCUUGAGUUCAGAUCAAACGCUGGCCUCACUGGAAAAAUUCCGGCCAGUUUAGGGAGUCUUCCAAACCUGCAAUCUUUGAUUCUAUUACAGAAUGGAUUGGUGGGCGAAAUACCAGAAUCUUUUGGCGAUUUGAUCCGAUUGAAACGGUUGGUUCUUUGUGGGAACUCGCUCACUGGUCCAAUUGCUCCAAAUCUCGGCAGGUUGAGCGAGCUGCUGAUUUUGGAUUUGAGUAGAAAUUUUCUGUCGGGUUCUUUGCCGCCAUGUUUGGGGAAUUUAAGCUCCCUUUUGAAGCUUGAUCUGAGUGACAACAAAUUGGGUGGAGUUUUGCCGGAUGAAAUCGGUGAUAUGAGGAGUUUAACUCUUCUGGAUCUCAGCAACAACAGUUUCUACGGCGGAUUGAGACGGUCGUUUGAGAAGAUGAAUUCAUUGGAAGAAAUCAUCUUAUCCAACAACCCUAUCGGCGGAGAACUCAAGAACAUAAACUGGAAAAGUCUAAGAAAUUUGAUGAUUUUGGAUCUCUCCGACAUGGGUUUGACAGGGGACAUUCCCGAUUCACUGUCGGAAUUAAAAAAACUAAGGUUUCUGGGACUAAGCCGCAACAAUCUAACCGGAAACCCUUCGCCGGAACUUGCAGCUCUGCCAUUCGUUAGUGCAAUUUACCUGUCCGGGAACAAUCUAUCCGGUGACCUUAAAUUCUCCGAAGAGUUUUAUGGGAAAAUGGGAAGGAGAUUCGGGGCCUGGGAUAAUCCGAAUCUGUGUUACCCCAUGGGAAUGGUGACGGCAAACAGUGCUCCGUAUGGAGUGAAGCCAUGUGAGGAGGAGGAGGAAGAAGAAGUGAUCAAAUUGACGGAAAAACCCUUCUCAAAUGGGAAUGUGGCUGUCUCAAACGGGUGUUCUUGGGUUGGAGUUGAAGGGUUUUGGUGGAAAUUUGUGGGGAAGACAUUAACGAUGACGUUGCUAAUCAUGAGGUUGUGAUGAAACAAGAAAACAGAGGUUUCUUCGCCGUAGUGUUCGGUCGGAGGGAUGAAAUAAUUUUUCGAGGAAAAAAGAAAAAGAAAUUACCGUUGGUUGCCUUCCUUGUAAAUACUUUCAUUUACCGAUUAUCUAAAUUACCGUUUUUAUUUAUUCAAAA